UGCAAGAGAGGAAGCAGCUGCAGAAGGGAAGGGCAAAGUAGGAAAGGAAGACAAGUUUAUUUGGGUAUCUAUGACAAGGAAGAGAAAGCGGCCAGAGCUUAUGAUCUCGCUGCUUUUUUAUUUCUGUUGGCGGAAAUAGCAGCUGCUCUUUCAUCAUUUUGUUAUGCAGAACUUACAAGUCGCUGCCCUUCUGCUGGGAGUGCAUAUCACUCUUCAUACAUAUGCCUUGGAGAAGGUUUCCUCUUUUGUCCAAAAGCACACGCUUGCAGAAGUUGGUUAGCGGCACCAAUGAGGGGAACAAUGAUGAAGUCUACAUCCAUGACAUUCCUAGAGGACCUGUUGUAUUUGAGAUAUGUGUCAAGUUCUAUUAUGACGAUGUAUGCUUUUAUCAUCCUACUUCUCUUGAUUCCCAGAGUAUUCCGAUUGAACCAACAAGUGAAAAUAUUGGCAUCGAAUUAGCUUUCAUGGCCGCAGCCAAGGGUUACAAGCACAAAAUUAUAAUGCUUGCUUCAAUGAGUCUCGAAAGAGGAAUCACUUUGUUGGCUUUUGGGGAUGAGUUGGUUGUGACAGACCCUGCAAAGGAAAUGAAAGGAAGCCCUUCAGAAGGCUGAAGAGAUUGUAGUUAAGACUCCUAAUUCCUACAUGCCUCAGCAAUUUGUGUAUAUAAUGUAGAUUUAUUCUUAAAUCUUUUUUUUCUUGUAGUAUUUAUGUUGUUUAAAUUUGUAUUAUACUUUAUUACAUUUCAAGAGAAAUUUGUG